ACACCCGGUUUGCUACUCGGUGGGACGCACCAGUGGUGGAUUGUCUUGAGGCUUCAAUCUGUAAAUGCUAAUUGCCUGCCAUUUCUAGCUGUGGGUUCUUGUGCUGUUUCACAUGCUGGGGUCUCUGGCCUGAUUCUGGUCCUGCACACUUGGUACUUGAGUUGACACUGCCGUGGAGUUCAAGGUCAAAACUUUACCUUAACGUGGGUUCAGGUAGCCAAAAAUCUGUGUUUUUUUUACGAAUGCAAUAUUCUGUUGCCAAAAGUAAAACUGCAUCAGCUUCCAAAAAGCCAGUGUGUGUAGGACCUGUCUUGCAUGUCAGAACUCCCUGGCUGUCAGUGCAGCCACAAUUAACUGGCAGCUCAUUUCUAGAGCAGAGCUGGUUAAUGUGGGUACCUGCAGCUGACUCAAGGACAUCCAGGAAAGCACAACAGAAACCGAGAGUGUUGAUCACCGUUGUUCCAAAGCAAGUAUUCCAUAAAUACAUAACCAGAAAGAAAUCAGCCUUAGCUUUUUUGUUCUUUUCUUGCUGUUCUUUACUAUAUUUUUACAGCUGGGGAUGUAGAAUUUUGAGUUGCAGGAGGCUGGGAAGUUCUCUCAUACUUUUUUUCAGCAGCAUCUGUCACUUUAGAUCGAAUGAGUGCCAAGAUCAUGUGUUUUUUCCCAAGAAGAGGCAAGAGUGCCCAGGGAAGGCUUACAGGUGUUUUAGUUCUAACAAGGACAUUCUUAAAACAGAACAGUGACGGGGAAUUUAAUGAGACAAAACUUUGAAGGACUAGCAAGGCGAGUUUCAAGGAGAAUAACUCGUUGAGGCUUUGGUGGGAUUGGAUUCAAGAUCAGUCUCAAGGCAGAGCAUCUGUGACUGGAGUGGGAUCGCCUUUACUCCAGGGGGAGUCUGAGAAGGUUACAAGAAGAGAUCCUACAGUUGACUGAUUAGUGAUUCCAGGAGAGGGGUGGAGGUUAAAAAUGUCAAAAAUCACUACAGAACUUCUUUUGGAAAGAGCGGUUCCAAGAUCUACGAGGCUCCGGAAGAUCGAGACACUGAACCUGUCCAAGCUGCAGUUGAAGACUGGAGACUUAGACCCGCGGUUGUUUUCCCGGCUGAGGCACCUGCAGAAACUAGAUCUCUCUGAUAAUUUACUGGACAAAUUUCCCAACAGCCUAACUCUGCCUGAUCUUCGUGUCCUGAACUGCAACAACAACCAGCUGGAAGAUGUAACUGCUCUGAAACAGUUCCCUCUGCUCGAGGAGCUGACCUACGAGAACAAUGUGUACUUGACACUCAACGAUGACUAUAAGGUAAUGUUUCUCUUGGAAAAUCUUCGGCUGCUCAAUGGCAAGGACAUAACCAAACUGGCCAAUCACGUGAGGCACGUCAAUAGCCGUAAGCUCACCAGCAAGGUUACUGCUCACUGGGAAAAAUUCUUCCGUGACCAACUUCCUGAGAAACACACAGCUGAGCAGGUGAAGUCCAUCAGGAAGAAGUUCCUGAAGUCAGUGCAAACCAAUGUAGUGUAUGGACCCAGCUCCCUCAGUGAAUUCACCCGCUGGCGGGUGAAAAUGAUUGCAGAAGAGUUUCUGUCAUACUCACUGGGUCUGGAGCUAAACUCAGAUACUGAACCAGAGGAAAAGGCAGAGGAGAAUGAGGAAGAAAGUACAGAAAGCCCCAGGGAAGCUGCAGAGGACGUGGCUCAGGUCACAGUAACACCCAGCAAGAGGAAAAGAAACCAUUCAAAGUCAGGCACUGGAAACAAGAGGUCCAAGUCCCAGGCAAACACCGAGGAGGAGGCUGUAGUUAAUCCCAGAAAGUCCAGUCAUGUGCAGGAUGACCCAGCUCCUGAUAAACCAAGAACAUCAAACCAGCCAGCCAAGGAGACAACUCCUGAGCAGGGAGCUGAAGGGACACAGAAGAAUGGAGAGCAGUUUCCCAAGGGACAAAGCAACAGAAGAUCCAGCCAGAUGACCGGGGAACAGAAAAGCCAGGAGCAGGACAAUGGAGUUGUUACUUUGACUCCAGUGAAGAACUCCAAGCGCAAGGAGGAUGUCAGUGCAGAGCCAUUGCAUUUUCUUCAGUGUCACAGUAAAGGCAACAGCCGCGAGGAUUUUAAAACGCAGCUCUGGUCCUGUGUCUUCGAGCCAGUGCUAGACUCUGGAGCCAGGAAAGAUCCCAUUGUGAGCUCCUCCAGAACUGUGGCAACCUGUGGAGGGGAGUCUGUUUGUCUGAUUGAUUGUGAGACAGGGACGGUGCUGAAAAAGUAUAAGGUGGCUACAGAGGAGUUCUUCAGCGUUGCAUGGACGACCCUCACAAUGGUGAUCAGCGACAGUCGGAAGAAAGCUCACAAUAUCUUGGCAGCUGCUGGGAGGAGAGGGAUUGUCAAACUGAUCCAUGUGGCAGCCGACUUCUGCUACGGAGAGAUAAAGGCUCACAAAAAGCCCAUUGCUACUGUCUGCUUCAGCCCAACCCAAGAAACCCACCUCUUCACUGCAUCCUAUGACAAGCGAAUUGCACUCUGGGAUAUUGGGAUUCCAGACUGUGACUACAAUUUCAAAGCAAGCCAGCUGCUGGUGCUGGAAGCAGCCUCUAUUCCCUUACGGAUUGCCCUGGUCCCCACCUGCCCGGAGCAGUACCUGCUGGCAGGCUGUGAAGAUGGCUGCUUUGCCUGGAACAUAAAACUGGAUAAAGGAGAAAAAAGCAGGCCUUUCGAAGCCAUAUUCCAGUUUCCUGAUGAUGAAAGCAUGACAACGUCUCACAGGGUGGAUGGUCUGGCUUUUCUGAAUGACGAUGUCGUCGUUUCCAAGAGCUCCAAACCAGGAUGCAUUUACCUGUGGAGCUGGAGCCGGUCCUUUGACGCCAAGGGGAAGGGAUGCCAGCGGACAAUGUCUGCAGUUAUCCUGGCUGAGCUGGAUUGGUCCACGACAGACAUGUCCUACCUGACGCUCAGCACCUGCCCAGCAAAAGGCUACGUGUUCUGUGGUGACGAGAAGGGCAGCGUGUGGAUGUACAACCUCUCCAGCUACACCGCGGCCUGGGGCUCUCCCAAGGGAAAGCGCUCGGAGCGGAGGAUCUCUCCUGCACAGAUCCUGCAGUGGCCGGAGCUCCACGUGAACGGGGAGCAGCUCCCCGAGAUCCUGGUGAACAACGUGGUGUCAGACCCUGCCUUCACCUACCUUGUUGUGCUGACCAGUGUGAACAUAACAGCCAUCUGGAAGAAGUCAUAGUCCCCUGUGCCAGUCUCACCCCUGUGCUUUGAACUAGUGCAGUAUUAGUGACUGUUACCCAUGUGCCCAUGAACGUUUUCUAGACCAGCCAUUAUGUGCAAGGUUAAAAACUAACAGAGGUGAGGGUUUGUUAAACUCGUUAAAUCAUUGUAAACAUCCGGUUUCUUUUACUGUAAGUUUUCACAAUUUGUGCAUUUGUUUUAUAGAAAUGACACUUAAUAAAACAAAAUACCAGUUCA